AUGUUUGCUGCUCUUCUAUCGAAUCUUAAUGAAUCCCAGCGCGAUGCCGUUUCUUCGCCCGCUCAGCAGCUCGCUAUUCUGGCUGGGCCUGGCAGUGGUAAAACGCACACGCUCACUUCGCGCGUCGCAUGGCUGCUCGCAUCCGGGUUACAAGCACAAAAUAUCAUUGUCGCGACGUUCACCAAGAAGGCUGCCAAUGAGAUGCAAGAGCGGAUUGGGAAGCUGCUUGGGGAUGACAGAGAGCAGAAAUUAAUUCUGGGGACGUUCCAUAGCAUUUCUGUAAGAUAUCUACGCAGCUACGGGUAUCUCAUCGGCAUCAAGAAGGGGUUUGGUGUGGCGGACCAGCAUGAUUCGGAGACCGUUAUCAAACGAAUUAUCAAGAAGAAUAACUUUAUGGCUGAUCCGAAAGCGACGAAAAAUAAGAUCAGUGACCGAAAGGCGAAAGGCGGCUGGGGCGAGAAAAUGGAAAAGGCGAUAAAGAAUAACAACAAAGAGGUGCAGCAAAUUGAUGCCAUAUACACAGAGUACGAAGCGACCCUGAAGAGUGCAAAUUUACUCGAUUUUGAUGAUCUCCUUCUGCGCUGCGUGGACCUACUCCGCGACCACCCACAGUGUGUCUCCAAUGUCGAGGCAGUAUUGAUAGAUGAGUUUCAGGACACGAACCUAGUCCAAUUUGAUCUAAUGCGCCUCAUGGCUGCAUCACGAAAGAAAGUUACUAUCGUAGGAGACCCAGACCAGAGUAUCUACGGCUUCCGGUCUGCAGAAGUCAAGAACUAUCUGAGUCUAUUACGACAAUAUCCGGAUACUAUCACCAUUUCUCUUGAGGAGAACUACCGCUCGUCCGGCGCCAUUCUGGCCGCUUCGUUAAAGAUCAUUCAACAAGAUACGAGUAGGAUCGAUAAGAGUCUGUUGGCGACGCAUACGGUGGGGACAAGGCCUGUUUUGAGAACUCUCGAGUCUGCGGAAGUUGAGGGGGACUGGAUUAUGCAUGAAAUUAGGCGCUGCGUUACCCUUACGGGCGGUUUGAUAACGUACGGCGAUGUGGCUAUUUUACUAAGAUCGGCGUAUUUAUCGCGGCAUAUCGAAACAUACCUUGGCAAAGCGGGAGUUCUGUAUCGGAUGGUUGGUGGGCGAGCAUUUUACGACCGAGUUGAGGUCAGACUUAUUCUGUACUAUCUGAGAGUGAUCAGCAACCCUGCAGACAACAAUGCUUUUGCUGAGGUUGUGAACCUUCCAAAGCGUGGCGUUGGCGAUGUAACCGUUAAAUCACUCAUCGAGGAGGCUGAUCAGAAACGGAUGUCUAUUUGGGAGUUGAUGGAAAAGGGUCCACUCGCAACCGGACUCUCAGCGAAAGCUCGAAAUGGGAUCUCACAAUUUAUGAAAAUCAUAAAGGAUGCACGGAAAAAGCUUAGUGACGAAGAAGGGCAUACGAUUGCAUCCUUGAUGAAGCAUGUCAUAGAGGCCGUAGAGCUUGAAGAUUACUUGAAAAAGACAUAUCCUGAUGAGGAGGACUACCAAUCGCGUUUGGAGAACGUGAAGGAAAUUUUGGCACUGGCGGAAGAAGCAGAUGAUCCUGAAUCGUCAGACUAUAAUGACGAGCCUCUGCCAGAAGUAGACGGCCUGGAACAAAACGAGCUUUCAACGCCUCUCUCGAAUUUUCUGGCGAAAAUAUCACUGGCGACAGACAAACGAGCGAAAGAUGCCGAAGGCGAAGACAAGCCACGGGUCACAAUCUCUACCAUUCAUGCAGCAAAGGGCUUGGAGUGGCCAGUUGUGUUUAUACCAGGAGCUUAUGAUGGCAGUAUCCCCAAUGGUAGAGCCGACGAUACAGAUGAGGAGCGAAGGCUCCUCUAUGUAGGAAUGACGCGAGCUAAGGCAUUGCUGUAUGUGAGCUACCCGCUCAUUGAUUCAAGAAGGGAGUCAACCAGGCCGUCGAAUUUCCUCACGCCAACCUCUCUUUUGCUGCACUUCGGACAGAAAGGGCCUUCAUUCAGCAAACAGAACGUCAUUCCGGAUAUCGCGGCAAUUCUUAGGCUUGGGGUACCAAAGAUUACCUUUACGCCAGACGAGCUGCCACUUCCAAGCCAAGAGGAUGAUUUGUGGCCAGAGGAUGGAACGGCAAAGGCACGCCCCCCAAAGACCUGGGAUCGGUGGGAUGGCACGGCACAGUGUGCUGAAGCAAGGAAGUCCCUUGCGCAUGAGAGACCAUUGAUUGACAAGAGAAACAAUGAACCCUGGAAGCCGAGCUACACCACCACAAUGACUACCACUCCCGCUUUCUCCACAGCUGCAGCGGUACUUCGAGAACAACCUGUGAACCUGAGCGGCGCUGGAAGUGCCAAACGACCAUAUACCUUUGAUGAUGAUGAAGUCGCCGACAAAAAGAGUACCAAACGAUCCACCAAGCGACCGGAAGGGCAACCUAGCCUGGCGGCAUACUUUGGAAAGCCUCAAAAUAGCAAGGCUAAUGAGCCUACCACGGCUAUUACUGCCACUCGUCAAACACAUACAACCCAACCCUCUAUGUCCCUACCUCGUAUGAACCACGGGCCGACGCUCUCACAACGAGGGAACCCUCUAACCGCUAUACCCGCUCAAACCGCACCUUAUGUGCCUCCUACAAUCUGCCCGACCCUAUCACGGCACCGGAUUGGUGGCACAACCUCCACUACCACCAACCGGCGGAACAUCCGUGCCUUUACACCCCCGGAGUCCAAUGGGAGCAACUAUAUCUUCUUAUCAAGCUCGCCGCCAAGGCCCGAGCCGGGACGCAAGGAACAUGAGGCGCCGCGAUUGCCUCUGCCAUCAAACUCUAUAGUUACAACGGCAACCCGUCCGACUAGUCUACAUACUACGACUGAGGAUCGAGCGAGGGCGCAACCGGGCAGGAAGAGUUAUGGGGCCAGAAUGGGUAUGGGGGGUUGGGAGAAACGGAUGGGCGGCUCAGGAUCAUGGAAACCGCCGAGUAUGGCCGAUAAAUGA